AUGCAUCAUAGCGUACUUGUGCUUCAUGCCUGUACAUCUUUGUAUCCCAAAACUACCCACGUGACCCAUCACAACGAACUCCAUCCAUCGCACCUCACCUCUUCAUCACACUCUUUCCAGCUCACAGACUCAGGCAUGCAAGAUGCUCUAAAGGCGGGGCUGCUACUAAAAGACAUUUCGUUUGCGUGCGCGUUUACGUCUAUAUUGUAUCGGGCACAAGUCACCCUCGAACGCGCAUUGACCUCCGCCGGUCAGUUGGGUAUACCCGUGGUUUGCGAAGCUGCCCUGAACGAGAGGGAUUACGGAGACUUGAACGGAAUGGAUAGGGCGGAAGCGGUGAAGAAAUUCGGACAGGCCAAGGUCCAAAAAUGGAGGCGGAGCUACUCAGGCUGUCCUCCCGGAGGCGAAUCCCUUAAGACUACCGCCCAACGGACCAUCCCCUAUCUACAGCAGAGCAUACUACCAGUGGUGAUGAGCGGUCGGAACGUGAUCGUCAGCUCACACGGUAACACCAUCAGAGCUAUUGUCAUGUAUUUGAUGGAGUACUCGACGGAGCAGGUGCUAAAUAUGGAGAUUGGGUGGUGCGAACCCUUAAUAAUCAACUUCAACGACGACGGCGAAGUCGUCAGCCUGCAUUGCGAGCCUCGCCCCGGACACCCCAGUCGCUCGAGCUUUCCCACACGCGAAACGAUGGUCAGGAACACCACUAACGGCCUGAGAAAUGAUCUACCUACCUACUUCCCCAUACAGUACCCUGAACACGCACGCCGGCAUACACAGCAGGAGGUAGAUAGCGGGAAUGAAUUGAGGCACGCAAAUACAGUGGGCACGCAUUCGAAUAUAAUGAACAUAGUGGACGAGAUCAUCGCCGAGUCGGUCGGUAGCACGACGAGGUUACACCGAUCGAGCACCUCUUCGAUACACUAG